AUGACUCACUCAAAGAAACUGGUGGUUCCACCAAAAUCUGCUGAUCUCUUUCUUCGAUGCACGAUUGGAUCCAAUCUGUUUACCAGACAAAGGAAUGCGGUCAAUGCUUUUAUCAUCACUCUUUCUUUCAUUCUUUCUUUCUUUCUUUUUUUCUUUCUUUGUUGCUUUCUUUUUUCUUUCUUUCUUUCUUUCUUUUUUUCUUUCUUUCUUUCUUCCUUUCCUUCUUUCUUUCUUUCUUUCUUUCUUUCUUUCAUUCUUCUUUCUUUUUCGCCCAGUUCUUUUAGAUUUUUCUUUACGAAUUCUUUCUUCCCCGCUUUUCUUUCCGUCUUUCUUUCUUUCUUUCUUUCUUUCUUUCUUUCUUUCUUUCUUUCUUUAUCCCCCACUUUUUUAGAUUUUUCCUUGCGAUUUCUUUCUUCCCCGCUUUUCUUUCCUUCUUUCUUUCUUUCUUUCUUUCUUUCCUUCUUUCUUUCUUUCUUUCUUUCUUUCUUCCUUCCUUUAUCCCCCACUUUUUUAGAUUUUUCCUUGCGAUUUCUUUUUCCCCCUUUUCUUUCCGUCUUUCUUUCUUUCUUUCUUUCUUUCUUUCUUUCUUUCUUUCCUUCUUUCCUUCUUUCUUUCUUUCUUUCUUUCUUUCUUCCUUUAUCCCCCACUUUUUUAUAUUUUUCCUUGCGAUUUCUUUCUUCCCCGCUUUUCUUUCCUUCUUUCUUUCUUUCUUUCUUUCUUUUAUUCUUUCUUUCUUUCUUUCUUUCUUUCUUCCUUCCUUUAUCCCCCACUUUUUUAGAUUUUUCCUUGCGAUUUCUUUCUUCCCCGCUUUUCUUUCCUUCUUUCUUUCUUUCUUUCUUUCUUUCCUUCUUUCUUUCUUUCUUUCUUUCUUUCUUUCUUUCUUUCUUCCUUCCUUUAUCCCCCCGCUUUUUUAGAUUUAUUUUUCCUUGCGAUUUCUUUCUUCCCCGCUUUUCUUUCCUUCUUUCUUUCUUUCUUUCUUUCUUUCUUUCUUUCUUUCCUUCUUUCUUUCUUUCUUUCUUUUUUUUUCUUCCUUCCUUUAUCCCCCACUUUUUUAGAUUUUUCCUUGCGAUUUCUUUCUUCCCCGCUUUUCUUUCCGUCUUUCUUUCUUUCUUUCUUUCUUUCCUUCUUUUCUUCUUUCUUUCUUUCUUUCUUUCUUUCUUUCUUUCUUUCUUUCUUUCUUCCUUCCUUUAUCCCCCGCUUUUUUAG